AUGGUGCUCGUAAAAGGCGGUCUUUUUGCUCAAUGCGGUCGUUCUGUCACUCCAACUUGUUCCCCAUUCCCUGGAAAGCUGAACGGUGACGAUAAAGGAACAAUCCCGAAAUCAGUCUCUUCUCAAGAUGUCCUUGCCACUAGAGCUGUCUAUGUUGAAGAAUUUAAAUUCAAAGAAUUCCCCAAUGAUGCUGGAGUUGAUAUUGAAUUGGCCUCGAAUCUCGAUGAAACGAUGUCGAUCAAGACUGAUCUUUCUGAUGAUGAUCAAAGCUUUGUGGCUGUGGACUUACCGCCGGAAGAGGAGCUGUUCCCAUCAGCUGAUGAAGCUAUAGAGGCUUGUGGGGUUGACGACAAAAUUGCCAACGAUCGGGAGUACAAGAGUCUUAUGGCUAAACAGGUCAAUGUCCUCACCGCCACUUUAUCUGAUGUUCAUGUUCUUGUAAACAUUUUUGAUCAAAACAUGAAGAUUCUUGGAAAGGCGGAGAAAUUCGAUCUUCAACAAGAGCUUGGAAUUUUACGAGGAAAUGUCUAUGCCUCUAAAGCUACAAGAUCUAAUGAGCCACCAAUCUUCGCUGAAUCACCACACGCAGUUUUUGAUCUCUCAGCUCCAUCUGAAUGUCAAUAUUCGAUUUUGAAGCUAAAUGUAAAUGGAAUCGAUUUGAUGUUAGACGAUGAGAUCGUUGCUCAUCUCUCUGCUUUCAUUGUCGACGAUCAGCCGACUCCAAACAAAGUGAGACUUCAGGUUGAGGUCAAGGAUUCGAGGAUUGAGAUCAGGGAUCCAAAGAAGAAGAAACCACUCCGAUUGAAGAUCCGCGAGUGUUUGAUCGAACAAGAUGAAGAC